AACAAGGAUGGAGACGGGACAGGACGGGGAGGGAGGGUUUGGGUGAAUCAUAACUUGCUGCCUGCCUCAGGGCUGAGAGGGCAGGACCAGGAAACUGUAUAAAACCUUCUGCUCAAAUAUUUCAAAGUUUAUCGUCUCACCGACUGGAGCCGGAUCACUGACUGGAGCCGGAUCACUGACUGGAGCCGGAUCACUGACUGGAGCCGGAUCACUGUAAAGCAGCCUGAGCCUGGAAGACCUGAAGAUGUUUGCAGUUGAAACCAAAUCAAUUCUUAAAAAUCUUGGAGCCGACAAACAUCUGAUCUCCAACCAUGACUUGAGCAAUAAAGUGGAGCUCCUGACUCUGGUCAAAGUCAGAGAGGGAAGUUUCUGGCAGUUUCCAAAGUACAAGGCCAUGCUGUGCUCGCUGCCUGAGUUUCUGGAUGAGAAGGAGUUCCAGCCGGGAUUUGAGGAGGAAGUUCUGGGGAAGGAUUUCAUGACUUCUGUGGAAACCAGCGGGAGUGGCAGCAUUGGGGGAGGAGAUGAUCUGGUGGGUAAAGGUAAAAUCUCAGCAGGAGCCGACACAGUGGACACUAUGACUGCACCCGUCAGCCUCAAGAAGAAGAAGGCCAACCUGAAAAACAUCAGGAGCAAGUUCAGCAGCAGGACCAUUAACAAGGACAUGUUGAAGCAGCUGAAUCUGAAGGAGACAGACAAGCUGACCUUCGUUAACCAGACGGUUUACAACACUGGACCGGUCAAACUGAUCCGAAAGUCCAACAAGGAAGGUUCCAUCUCAGCAUUAUGCCAAAAGAUGGUGAAUCUGUUGGUGAAGGGCAGCGCAAAAGAGGAGACAAGCUUCACGGUGCUGGAAGAAUCCACUUUUGCUUAUGGGCUGACGGAGAUACUGUACCAGGAUGAGAAGCUGGAAAUCUCCUACGAACCCCGGACUAACAAACAAAGCCCUCUGGCUAUGUUCAAGCAUGACAGCGGCGACUCUGAAAUCCUUCAGCAGGUGCAAGAAGGGAUCCAGAUGAAGGAAGCCCUUCUGCAGCCGCUGGCAGACCUGCCCGAGUCCAGCCGUCCUGAUGUGCUGAAGGCGCUCCGAGCCGUUCUGGAGGACAGGGACGAUUUGACUCUGCUAGAGGAAACACUGGAGCAGUGCAGCAGAGGAUCGUACAACCGUCCUCAGUCUUCAGCCGUUGCUUCCUUCAUGGACCUUCUGGAUGCUGCCUCCUCAGCUAUGAAGGACGCCUUCUACCUGCUGGUCAGCGCAAUGGACACUCUGCCAGAUGGAAUGCCGCCACGUCUGAUGUCCUGCAGCCCGGAGACACUGAGCGUCCUCAGCCAGCUGGUGGAUGGUCUGAAGCAGGAUGGCCAGGCUCAGCUCCCAGAGUCGCUGCCCGCCCCCCUGCAGGAGGACGGGGAGUUCCGCUGAGCCGCCGACCUCCUCUGUUCCACCAAUGAGACGCUGGCUGAGCUGAACCAGAGCUUGGACAAGCCUUCUGAGGUUCUGCUGGAGGUUCUGGGUCUAACUGUGCAGGGACUCAACAUGAUGCAGCCCAGAGAUUAAACAUGCUCCAUCAUCAGCUGAUCUGUUACCGUGGAGAUGGUGUGAAGAUGAUUGAUGUGAUGUCUGUCCACAUAGGCCAUUCAGACAAUAAAAACUCUGUUUUCUCUUCUAGCUAGAAUUUCUCUGAUUGGUUGAAGGUCUGACCUCAUUCUGGUCUCUAGUUUUUGUUAGGUUUUCUUGUUUUUUGAAGCUUCUCUUGUUAAUAAAGUUUCAUAGAGGUUGACUGGU